ACGCAAGAGCUGACGUCAAGCCCGCGUGACGUCAUCCGCGCUAAAGGAUCUCAAAGGGGACAGGGGUGCAGGAGACCUCACGGGGCCUGGAAGUGACAGCCUCAGGCUCGGUAGCGGGUCUCUUGUCUGCCAAGCUAGGGAGCCUCCUCCACCCUCCGCGAGGUCCCCGAGCAACCCGCCGCCGGACAGCUCGCCGGCCCCGCCCCCGGCGCGCGCACGUACGCGACAGCGCAGGCGCGUCCCCUCGGAACCCGGAAGUGUGAGCGGAGCCACGUGGGUGGAGGCUGGCGCGCAGGUCGCAUGGGGGAGUCUAUCCCGCUAGCCGCCCCGGUGCCGGUGGAACAGGCGGUGCUGGAGACGUUCUUCUCUCACCUCGGCAUCUUCUCUUACGACAAGGCCAAGGACAAUGUGGAGAAGGAACGAGAGGCCAACAAGAGCGCGGGGGGCAGCUGGCUGUCGCUGCUGGCGGCCUUGGCGCAUCUGGCCGCGGCCGAGAAGGUCUAUCACAGCCUCACCUACCUGGGGCAGAAACUAGGAGGCCAGUCGUUCUUCAGCAGGAAGGACUCCAUCCGCACCAUCUACACGUCCUUGCAUAACGAGCUGAAGAAGGUGGCCACAGGCCGAGGUGCCCCGAGUGGAACGGCUCCUCAUGUGGAGGAGCUGCUGCCCCACCUGUCAGAGCAGCUCUGUUUCUUUGUUCAGGCCCGGAUGGAGAUCGCAGACUUCUAUGAGAAGAUGUACGCCCUCAGCACGCAGAAGUUCAUCAACACGGAAGAGCUGGUCGGUAUUUUGGAUACCAUCCUCAAGAAGUACAGCUCCAGAUUUCACCACCCUAUCCUCAGCCCUCUGGAAAGCAGUUUCCAGCUGGAAGUGGGUGUUCUGAGCCAUCUCCUGAGGGCACAGGCCCAGAUCUCCGAGUGGAAGUUCCUGCCUUCCCUGGUGACCUUGCACAACGCUCACACGAAGCUGCAGAGCUGGGGCCAGACCUUUGAGAAGCAGCGGGAGACCAAGAAGCACCUGUUCGGAGGGCAGUCCCAGAAGGCCGUUCAGCCCCCACACCUCUUCCUUUGGUUGAUGAAACUCAAAACCAUGCUCCUGGCCAAGUUUAGCUUUUACUUCCACGAGGCACUGAGUCGACAGACGACCGCUUCAGAAAUGAAAGCGCUGACGGCAAAGGCUAACCCAGACCUCUUUGGAAAGAUCUCCAGUUUCAUCAGGAAAUACGAUGCUGCCAAUGUGUCCUUAAUUUUUGACAACCGAGGCUCAGAGAGCUUUCAGGGUCAUGGCUACCAUCACCCACAUUCCUACCGAGAGGCCCCCAAGGGAGUGGACCAGUACCCAGCCGUAGUGUCUCUGCCCAGUGACAGGCCUGUCAUGCACUGGCCCAAUGUCAUAAUGAUCAUGACAGACCGGACAUCCGACCUGAACAGCUUGGAGAAAGUGGUCCACUUCUAUGACGACAAAGUCCAGAGCACCUACUUCCUGACCCGCCCAGAGCCCCACUUCACCAUCGUUGUCAUUUUUGAGUCAAAGAAAUCCGAGAGAGACUCCCAUUUUAUUUCCUUCCUCAAUGAACUCUCCCUUGCCCUUAAGAACCCCAAAGUGUUUGCAAGUCUGAAACCUGGAUCCAGAGGUUAGCAGGAGCUUGCUCAAGGAUUCUCCAGACUGGAUGCAGUGUUCUUAGCUGCUCUGAGGGCAGCAGUGGUUUGUGACUAGAACUUACGUUCACUCAUGCUUCUUUCCGACCUGAGCUAAAGACAGCUCCGCCCGAAUCAUGUCGCACACUUCAGAAGCAAUGAAGACCAAGAACGGAAUCUCCAAAGAGUCGUCUAGGAAGUGCCAUGGCUACUGUGUAUCCCCAUGGCCUGGUUUUCCUGUCUCGUGUAGCUGGAAUAGUUAACGAAUCUGUCGUGUAUCUGUCUAGAUUUUUUGUUGUUAUUCUGAACAUUGUGCCCUAACGCACUUCUCAACAUAUUCUCUCUGUGUGUCUGAAGAGCAGCCAGGAUCAGACAUCAGAUGGGACUGUUUCACCUUCAUCAACGCCCAUAUUAACCAGUUUUACAAGUAAUCUAAUUAGUAUUAUACUGUAAUUAGAAUCUGGGUGAGGAAUUUUCACCAGGUGGUGAAGUGGAGCUGAUUGGUUGGUUGGUAUUGACCCUCAUGGCAAUAACCAGUCACAGGCUCUUUUCAGGUGGCUGUCACACACUUCCUCUUAUCUUCAGAACGUUUGUGUUAUUCUCUUUGGAGUCAGCCAAGGCUUCAUGCAGGCUUUCUCCACCCCGGGUACCCCGGGUACGCUUGAUGUCGCUGCUUUACCGAACUGUGUUUUCUCAUGUCUGCUUACUCUCAGGUUUAGAAAGCUCGCAGCCAUGUGUCUGUAGCCAUGUUUUAGUUUCUCGCACAGCACAGCUUUUAUAAAGUCAAAAUGAUGGUCCUGAUACUUCGUGCUUGCUACAAAUGAGUUGUCUUCACGGUCCAGUCCAGUCAGCCCAUCAGCACGUCUGGACCUGGUUUAUUGCCUUCUGCGAUUAUGUUCAGAUGCAGUGCCAUGCAUCUGGGGACAGGCUGCUCUGUGCACUUCCUGUGUGUGUUCACAGGAAGCGGAUGGAGCCACGUGGGGAUAAUUUCUAGCUUAUUGAUUCAGAAGGGAAAGAAACCACCAAGAAUCGAGCUGUCACCUUCGGCUAUGUCCUUCAUACUUGCUGGGUAUGUCCUUCAGAGCUGCGUAAAUGUCCUGUCAGAGCAAGGCUUUCGCCAUGAUCGUGUGGAGCCACUGUCCUAAGGGGUGGCCACAGAGCAUGAUGACCACACCAGCAGCCGUGGAACCCUCCAAGGCCCGGGCGAGUGCUGGCUCCCAUAGGAGAGUCACUGGCUAGUGUUCUGGAUCUCCCCCUUCCGCAUAAGCUAAUUAAGCCAGUUUUCUUUAAACAGAAAGUUUAAAGUUUGCAUUUUCUCCAGGUUCUAUACAAAUACAGAUGUUUAUAAUAGUGACCUUACAUUUAAAAAUUGAAAGCAUUUGGAAUUAAGAACCAAAUCAUUUUCCUUCCUCUUGUGUUUUGCCGAAAACCUGAAAAAUUACUCUUGGUAUGUAUUUUUUUUUCUGGAUAAAACCACCAUUAGCCUUAAUGAUAUGGCUCCCUAGGUACCUAAAAAAAUAAAGACUUCAGUGGACCAUGGAGGAAUGUAAAUAAAACACACACACAUAUAUAUCAUACUUAAAAUUGUCAAAUGUAUACAUAUUUGAAUUGUAUAUUUAUUUUUAAGCAUAUUUUUGAGUAAUACAAGAGGUAUUUACAAAGAACAGAAAGCAGAUAUGAAUAUUAAUGAGACAGCACAGACUCCUAAGUCCCUGUGUGCUGUCAGGAAGUACAGGAGGACCCUCAAAGAAGAGUACUGAUACUUUAAUUUUGAAGUUCCUCAAUAAAAUUUUAUAAUUAUA